GUGACCCCGCACAGCAGCAACAGAGAGACAGAGACAGCCGUUGUUGACAAGUGGUGACACGCUGUCCCUAGAGCCUUCGGCACAGACUCGGGCCGUAUUUUCGACAGUGCAGCUCCUGCUGCGGUAUCGUAACGCAGACGGAUAUCGUCGUUUCCUCGUUGGCGUUUCACCGGCCCGACCGCCUCUCAGCAUCGCCAGAUUGCCGUCCGGCGCUGUCUAUUAUAGCACGACCUCAACCCACAUAACAUAGUCGUAGACCAGCAUGAGCUUCAGCAGAGCAGUGGCGGCGAGCGCGGUGGCGGCCUUUGGCGUUUUUCUGUCCCACCAACAGCGCGGACAGGCGUUCUUCGUGGGGACGCCGGCGGUGGACUUGAGACGGACAGCAGUUUACUCGAGGGGCCUGGCUGCAGGGUCCAUCUCCAAGAAAGGGCGGCGAGCCGGCGUCGUCCGAGCUAGGUUGACUGCCACGAUGGCGCCAGAACAGACAGACACCGUGAACGUACUGAACGAUGACGGAACCAGAAAGUCCGGGGAACAGAUCCGAGAGGAAUUCUUCAUGGCGGCGAUGACGGGGCAAGAGCGUGGGCUCCCUCCCGGGUCUUACCUCAACGACACCGUAGAGGCAGGACCGGGUGUCGAGCAGGUGUCCGUCGUGUGGCAGCCUUACGAGGAUAAGGUUCUUGCCCCGGCAGGCUCUAGCUUGCUCAAGAGCGCCACCGAGUGCGGAGCCAUGGUGAUCGACAACACCUUCUGCUUGACAGGCCAGUGCGAGGCGUGUAUGGCGGAGGUGGACGGGGAGGUGGUGCUGUCUUGCAUGGUGCCUGUGCCGGCAGACGGAAGGACUGACGUUGAGGCUCUGGUGUGUAACAGCGAUGCCGCGUGGGACGACAUGAUGGUAUAG